CAUUUCUCCAUUGGAUCUCAACCAAAACAACCAAAACCCCAUCUCCAAAUUUUUCUUCUUUUCUUCGCCAAUGGCUUCGAGCUCUUUAAAACAACAACGUCCCGAGGCGACAUGGACAGCCAAGCAAAACAAGCUGUUUGAGAAGGCGUUGGCUUUGUACGACAAAGAGACGCCUGAGCGAUGGCACAAUAUCGCCAUGGCAGUCGGUGGGAAGUCGGCCGACGAAGUUAAAAGACAUUACGAGAUUCUCUUGGAAGAUCUCCUGCGGAUCGAGUCGGGCCGUGUUCCUAUUCCAAAUUACAGAGGCGUCCACAAUGGAGAUGAAGAGUUGAGGCUGCUGAAGUAUCUUAAGCUGCAAUAAACUGCCACCGCCGUCUUUCAGUCUCUCAUCAAGAA